CGAGAAGCCCUAAGUCACGGCCAAUGGUGUAAUGUAUUUGUAGCCACUUGUGGAAUGGGGCCGCUUUAAUUGUUAUGUAAUCUUUAACGGUCGAUAACUUGGUCCACUCAAGGUGGAGCGCCCAGUGUGGUACCGGAUUAUAUCGAAAUAUUCGCAGACGGGAAGGUUUGUUCAUGUUUUGCAAAGACUCGGAGCAGCUUCUUUCACUCUAACCAUAAUGCCCUCUGGUGAAAAGCGCCCGGCAUCAGCAGAUACAAUGCUCCUGGUUUUAAAGCCUCGCGAAGAGAACUACAAGCAAGUGGCGGCCCAGAUGUACGGAACUGAGAAUGAGAGGCUGGCCUACAGGAAAAACAGAGUGAUUCAGAUGAAGUUGGGCACUUACUUGGCCGAGGUUUGCCUCCAAGAAAAAAGUGCUGCUCUGAUCUUGAAGAAUGAGGAGCACAGAUUUCUCCAGAAAGUCUCCAAAAGAUCCACUACUCCACCAUCGGUCCGAAUGCUCCAAGAAUUAAACAGAUUUAUGCAAAAAACUUUUGCCAAUACUGCUGAAGGGAAACCAGUUAUUCGGAAUGUAUAUAGCCAGCCUGUGGAUUUCAAACAGUCAUGCUACAAAGAUGAAGAGCUUUCUUCUAACAAUGUACAUAUGCCCUCUGACCCCAACAAAUUGCCUUCUGCUUUAUCACCAAGAAAACGGCCUGUUGUCCUGGCCGACAAAACAUUUUUAAAGGAGACAGUCCAUAAGAAGGACACUCUUGGCUUAGAGCUUCAUCUUCCAUCCAUAGAAAGAACCUACAAAGAAAGUCAAGAGUUGCACUAUGUAGCCACAUUGGACCCCAGUGAGUCUCUCAACGACGAGGUUUUCCAUGAUGUCACGGCACAACUUGACUUUGUCUUGCCCAAUAUAACAGAUGAGUCAUCUGACUUAAAUGUGAGUGAGCUUAAUGACGCCAGCAGUGACGUGAAACAUUCAAACAGAAAAACAACUGAUGUCCUUAAACUCAUUGACCAAAGACUUGAAGAAACACAUCCACAGUUCUCUAAGGGGAACUUCUCAUCCAAGAAAGCACCUUUAGUACGCCGCAAUAAGACAAGCGAAUUAAGGGAACACAAGGCCAUGGAUAAGAUUGCGACGAAUGACAUGUCCCAGCAGAUCAAUGUGACUCUGUAGACAUUAAGAUUGCGACGAAUGACAUGUCCCAGCAGAUCAAUGUGACUCUGUAGACAUUAAGAUUGCGACGAAUGACAUGUCCUAGCAGAUCAAUGUGACUCUGUAGACAUUAAGAUUGCGACGAAUGACAUGUCCCAGCAGAUCAAUGUGACUCUGUAGACAUUAAGAUUGCGACGAAUGACAUGUUCCAGCAGAUCAAUGUGACUCUGUAGACACUAAGAUUGGAAUGAGCUAUUUUUUUAAUUGUGCAACUAACGUAUUUUAUUAGAAGAAA